GUGUUCCCAGAACCCGCGCACACGUCGCGGCGGUCGUCGCAGGAGGCGCUCCCCGGGAUCGUUGCUACACCCACCGCGUCCAAGACACGAGGAGUGGUAACCGGCCUAGCGUUUCAUUAUUUUAGCAGGCGAUGAUUACUUUCGUAACGCGAAUUCAGUCACGAAUUGGCAACCGUUAGUUGCUCCUGGUGAUGCAGCCGGAAAUUCAUGCACUGCUUUGCUGAUUUUGAAGAAAAGAAGAGUAUGUGGGUGAUGAGAUCGACGAUGUCUUUGCUUGGAUAUUGCGCCGUCUUCUUGUGGUCUGCAGUGCUUCAGCUAGGUUCUGACGUCUACUGCGUCCACAUCCUGCACCUUUCUGUGCCCAAGUGGGUGGAAAACGGCACCGAGGACUCUGUGGUGCUUGACUGCGUCUACAGCGUGGCCCAGGACGACCAGCAACUCGUGGUCAAGUGGUUCCUCAACGACGACCCACAGCCCAUCUACCAGUGGAUUCCCGAACUAGAAAAGCGACACGUGUCCCAGAGGCUCAGAGGGAGACUGAACCUGGACUUUUCGCUGUCUAGCGGCAACAGCUUCACCAAGUUCCGAGCCCUGAACCUGGUGCGCCCCACAACGGAGCUUGGUGGGCGCUACUCAUGCCACGUAAACUCACUCGCAAGUCAGGAUGCCGAGUCCAAGCUCAUGACGGUUUAUGCCCCGCCGAAGAGGUUCGACUUCUCGUACGAGCGCCUCUCGCCGACCGUGACGGAGUUGUCGUGCGAGGUGGACGGCGUGUUCCCGCUGCCCACCCUCUUCCUCUACCAGAGCAGUGGUCGUGAUCUGGCUGCCAGGGCUCUCGGGACUUCGCCCAGCGUGGCCCAGGCCGAAGGAGCUUACAAGAUUCGUCUCACGCACGCCGUUGACAGCCGCACUCUCGAGGCUGGACUGGAACACAUUUUCGAAUGCGUGCUCUCUAUCCCGGAGACGAACUUCAAGCGACAGCGGAGACUAGAGUUUGAACCCGGAAGCCUGGUGAGCGGAGCAACAUCCUCGCAGAUGCAUCUUUCCACAUGGGCGGCAGUCGUUGGAGCAGCUACCAUCAUCACAAUUGCCCGAACGGGGACAUAGCGGCCGAGCCGGGAUUGUGAAAGCAAAGCACGAAUGGAAAUUUUCCUCGAGCGCAGAACAAACCAACCCCACUGAGACCUUUGCAAGACCAAAUCCGUAGAGUUUCCAGCUACCACGACUCCCGCCGUUCUUGGGAUACCAUCGCUGACGUCUAGGACAUUUCAGCGCCAUGGCGUCGUCCAGCAAAAAUCUCAGAAGAGAACCGUCGACCAAAAUGAGUGCCUCCCCAUGUUCAUCGCCGAUCGUUCUCUGCCAGCGUUCUGUGAUCGCAUUAGUGCACGUGUGAAAUGUGUGGAACAGUCGACAGAUUAAACACACCGAGUAUUAUGCCUGCGACGCAUUCUCUUCGACGCUCCCACAAACAUGAGUGGGAACUUCCAUACGACUGCCGCUCACUCCUAAUUCGUCUGUGUUUCUUUAUGGCUUAUUUUCCUUCUUAACCGCAGAAAGAAAGGCGACGUUGGAUCACCGUGAAAACAAGCCUAGUCACCUUGACAUCACGUGCGAGAUAUGUCUAAUUCCGACAGGGGCAAUAUAAGUUUAAUAUACUGAGUAGCCAGGGCACCUUCUACACGUUUGCAUGUUUGCGGCGGUGGUAUAAUAAAAAAACAGUGCUGUUAUUGUUUGUUUAUUUUAUAUAUCUCGGAGUUUUCAAUAAAGGAGCAUUUGAGUCUAUAACGGCACAAUGUCAGUAUAGAGUACUUCUCUGAUAUAUAACGCCAUCUUCAUUGUUCGCUGAAUGCAUCGCUUCUUGAUACUUUUGGGGCUUUAGUUCGUGUCAAAAAAUUUGUCGGCAGCACAUUUUGUUUGCAACAGCGUUUAGGAAGGAAUUGUUUCACGCGCACACAUUAGUCACUAUAUUACACCCAGUACUUGGUUUAAUUUUUUUGAUAGCACGAUCAAUUUAGUUAAAUGCAUUAGCCGAUAUCUCGCACCAUACUUGCUUACCGAACGAAUAUACUUUUCAUAUCAUAUCCCUCAAACAUAUCGUCGGUAUGUGUUUAAUGAGUCGUGCCAGGUUUUGGUUAUCAAUGGCGUAUUACGCGUACUACUUUUGCUAUUUUUUUUCGUUUCACCCUACGUCCUACCGCAGCCAGCGCUGCUAUUCGACGGAGCCAAUUAAGGAGCCCUAAAUGUGCAGAGUUUUCGUGUUCUUCAUAUUUGCCUUAAAUAAGCCAAUCUAGCAGAAAUCACAGCUCAUGAUCACAACGCAUUCACUACACUUGUCUGGUUUAACCGGAGACGGCCAGCGCUCAAAGACGACGAGUGCCAUGACUUUGCACUUUUUGCGUUGGUUGAUUGGCUCCAUCCGAUCGUAGCCUUGUCUGCAGUCGAACUUUAUGUGAAGCGGAAUAUGCGGAGGGCAUGUCG